UACUCCUUAUAAGGUCUAUUCCCAGCUGAAAGACUGUCUUAUACCAAUGCCGACGCAGAAGAUGACUAUCUAUUCCAAAAAAGUACUGCUUUUGAUGUUAUCAUAUGCGUUGUUAGGAUUCGGAAAUGGUCAAGAAUCAACACAGAUUGUACCAGCAAUCAUAACAUUCGGGGACUCUGCUGUAGACGUGGGCAACAAUAACAAUCUCCGUACUUUUUUCAAGGCUAAUUACCCUCCAUAUGGGAGGGACUUUGUCAAUCAUCAGCCUACAGGGAGGUUUUGCAAUGGUAAACUAACCACUGAUAUAACUGCUGAAGCUCUGGGCUUUAAGACUUAUCCUCCAGCAUAUCUUAGCCCACAGGCAUCAGGGAAGAACCUUCUAAUUGGAGCAAACUUUGCUUCAGCUGCCGCGGGUUACGAUGAGAAACCAACAAUCCUUCAUCAUGCAAUCACGUUGUCUCAGCAGCUGGAAUACUUCAAAGAAUACAAGACUAGGUUAACAAAGGUGGCUGGUAGUAAGCAAGCAGCAGCCAUCCUCAAGGAUGCAAUAUAUAUUUUGAGUGCGGGUAGUGGAGACUUUCUCCAGAAUUACUACAUCAAUCCUUCAGUCAGAAAAACUCAUACUCCAGAUGAGUAUUCCUCAUUUCUUGUUGGCUCAUUCUCAAAAUUUGUGAAGGAACUGUAUGGCCUGGGAGCCAGGAAACUUGGUGUGACUUCACUCCCUCCAUUGGGUUGCUUUCCUUUUGCAUUCAACUUAUUCAAAUUUAAUGAGAAGGGAUGCGUCUCUACUAUCAAUACCGCUGCUCAAGGAUUCAAUAAGAAGAUGAACUCCUCUGCAGCAAAUCUCCAAAAGCAACUUCCUGGUCUGAAAAUUGUGGUCUUUGACAUUUUUACGCCUAUCUAUGAUCUUGUUCGAUCCCCUUCAAAAUAUGGUUUUGUGGAAACAAGGAGAAGCUGCUGUGGAAAGGGAACAUUAGAGACAACAUCGGCCUUGUGCAAUCCGAAGUCACCAGGAACUUGUUCUAAUGCGACUCAAUAUGUGUUUUGGGAUAACGUCCAUCCAUCUGAGGCUGCUAAUCAGGUUAUUGCUGAUGCAAUGAUUGUCCAAGGCAUCGCCCUCUUCUGACGAUGAUAUGUGGUUUCGUUGUUUUUCCUCUCUCUAAAUCUAAGAUUGUGUUUGUUAAAAUAAAAUAUAAAUAAUUAAAUUUGAG